AUGUCCCAAGUAUUCGUUGCCAAAGUUAAGAACGUAUUGAGUGGCGACACCGUCGUGUUGGUUCCCUCCAAAAGCGCGGCAUUGCCUGCUCCUGAGCGUCUUUUGACCCUCUCCUACGUCAAGCUGGACGACCGUUGGCAGUCCAAGGAGUUCUUGCGGCAAUUGUUGAUCGGCAAGGAGGUCAAGUUCAGAGUCAACCACAAGAGUGCGGGAGGCAGAGAGUUUGGCGACAUCCAGGCGCCCAUUUUCAAGUCAUUGGUGGCAUAUUUGUUGGAACAUGGCACUGUCAAGUUGAAGGACAACUUCUCGGAGGACGAUGGCGACAUCUACUACGAGCUUAACGACGUGCAGCAGAAGGCCAAACUUGCGGGAGCCGGUGUGUGGCACGAUGGUGCCGACUCCAUCGCCACAAUUGAGUUGGACGACACCAUCGUCCAAAAAUCGCAAAAGACACCAAUCGCCACCAUUGUGGAGAAGGUCAUCAGCGGUGACAGGCUCAUGGCCAGAUUGGUGGUCAGCAAGACCCAGCACGUCACCACUCCCUUGUUAUUGGCGGGAAUCAAGGCCCCCAGAACCGACGACCCCACCCAACCCGCUAACACCACCAAGGUAGCCCACCAGGCCAAGGCGUUUGUCGAGGAAAAGCUCUUAUCCACCAAGGCCGAGUUGACCGCCACCAUCGUCGGCGAAAACCAGGCAGGCUUGCCCAUUGCUUUCAUCCACCACCCUUCCGGCAACAACAUCCACGAAAAGUUGUUGGAAAAUGGCUUGGGUGAAGUCAUCGAUUGGCAGUCCACUUUGAUCGGUUCCUCCAAAAUGGCGGGCUUGAGAAAGGCCGAGCAAUCGGCCAAGGCUCUCGGAAAGGGCUUGUUCGCCAACACAACCACCGUCCGCUCGGGUGCUCCAAAGGUAUCUGCGGGUAAAUCUUUGAAGCCUGGAUCCACAGUUGAAAACGUUCAAAUCGCAAGAGUGGUUGGAGGUGAUACCUUGGUCGUGCGUUUGCCUAGUGACGAAGAAUUGACGGUGCAAUUGGCCUCCAUCAGGGCCCCUAGGCCAUCGGAUAAGACCGUCACUACUAAUGAACAGCAACAGCAGUCGUUGGUUGCGACUGCCCGUGAGUUUGUCAGACACCACACCAUUGGCAGAUCUGCAACCAUGUACAUUGACGGAUACAGAAAUGAAAACAAGGAACUCGGUUUUGAUGCCAGGUUUCUUGUCAGUCUUAAGAUUAACGGUGGCACCGAUUUAUCGGAACUUAUCCUUGAAAACGGAAUGGGUACUGUGAUCAGACACAACAAGGCCACAGCCCACGAAAGAUCCUUAAACUGGACAGACUUCUCGAGUUGGAAGAAGAACAGAAGAAACUUGGUCGGAACAAGAAUCAUCGAUGCGUCCGAAAACGCAUCCAAGGCCAAGACGUUUUUGAAUGGGUUCAAACAAAAGGGCAGAAUCUCUGGAGGUUACCAUGUAGAAUUCAUUCCGUCUGCAAACAGAGUGAAGUUAUUCAAUCCAAAGGAAGGAUUGAAAUUGACCUUGAUUUUGGGGGGAUUGUCCAAUGAUAAGGCUGAUGGGUUGAACGACGAGGGCUUGAAAUUCAUGAACAAGAAGUUCUUGCAAAGAAAUGUCGAGUUUGAGGUCUAUGAUACUGAUAAGAUCGGUGGAUUUAUCGGAAACUUGUUUGCUUCUGGUAGUGCCUUGCAACCCGUCCAGGUUGCUUUGUUAGAGCAAGGUUUAGUCAAGAUACAUGAUUUUGCUGUCAAUUCCAAUCCAUUUGCCGAUGGUUUGAUCAAGGCUGAAGAAGCCGCUAAAAAGGGCAAGAAGGGUGUAUGGAAGGACUAUGAUGAAGCCACAGAGCAGGCCAAGAUUGAUCAGGCUUCUGGACAAUUGUACCAAUUGAAUCUUGAAGCCUCCAAGCCCAAAUUCUUCGACAUUGAGGUUGUGGAUAUCGACUCAACAGGGGUCAUUUCUUUCCAUCACUUGGAUGCUGCUACCGCUAGCAAGUUCGCUACUUUCAAGAAGCAAUUCAAUGACUUCCAUGGCCAGGUUCCAAGCGCCAGCAACACCUCGGUUGAUUUGCCUCACAACUUGAGCAAGGGUCCAAAGAAGAACGAGUUGGUUUCUGCCAAGUUCUCCGAGAAUGGUAAGUUCUACCGUGCCAAGGUGAUCAAUUUCGAUAGGGCCUCUAACAAAUACGAGGUGAAGCACUUGGAUUUCGGAAACGUCGACAAGGUGCCAUUGUCGUCUUUGCGUGUUCUUCCUCAGCAAUUUUCCACCUCUUCUUUCCCAGCUUUUGCCCACACCACCACCUUACAGAACUUGAGAUUGCCUCCUUCCAAGCCUACCGACUACUUGUCUGAAGCAUUGUAUGCUUUGGAGGACCUCACUUUCGACAAAAAACUCGUUAUCAGCGCUUUGCCAGGAACAACCACCGAAUUCCAGGGAGUCUUGUACGAUUCUGAGCAGUCCUUGAAGGAUGCCUCCUACACUAUCAACAAGCAGUUGGUCAAGGAAGGCUGGGCCGUUGUGGAUUCCACAAGUGUCGGUCCUGCAGUCAAGGAGUAUGUGGCCGAGCUCUUGAAGGUACAGGCUGGAGCACGGUCCUCCCACUUGGGAUGCUGGGAGUUCGGCGAUGUGGCCUUUGAAGACGAGCCACUUUAAGUGUGGGAGAAUGCCCACUACUGAUGAUUUUGCAUUAAUUGUCUAUAUAAAAGUUUCUUGAAUAUACUAGUUUGAAAUUCAUUGAGGUAGUUUGUGAUUUGUUGCGAAAAUUCACUAAUCAAGUUGUCUUUACCAGACUAAUUUCACUUCUCUAUUCGUGUUGCUACGGCUUGUGUGACCCCCACCUUAGAAACAUCCUAGCUUAAACACUCUUGGCGUAUUUCGCUGGAGUCCCUUAACCCUGCUUUUCUUUGUAGAAUUAAUCUGAGCGGUAUUAUGCGUCCAAAUUGGAGCAAAUAAUUUUCGAACACAACCUACUUGAUUCACAUUUUCAAUAGAAGCCCUAUAGAUAAGAAUAGUAG